CACCCACAGGAAAAAUUCCUGCCCCGCCCCUCCCUCGCUCCCUCGCUCCCUCCUGCCCUCCCGCUGCAGCUCCGGCUCCGCUCCCCGACUUCCUGCCGGGCGCUGGGAAGCCGCGCGCUGCCUGGGGUCCCCGGGGGCCGCGCUAGCAACUGGCCGCGUCCUGGCCGGCUGAGGAGCUGGCGGUGGGCGGGAGCUGCCGGCGGCCUCGGCCCCUUCCGAGAGCGACUUUCAAACUCGCGCCCGAGUCGCUGCAACACCUGGGCAGCCCCGCACGCCGUGCGUGUCCCGAGCCCGCGGGGUGGCGACCGCUCGCUAUCCCAGGGUCACUGUUUACGCCGGAAGAGGCCAAAGGCCACGGCCAGCGGGAUGACCAGGGCCGGAGGGGGAAGGCGCCUGUGUUGCAGAGAAUCUCCCUGGGGUGCCCUCCCUAGGCAGCAAUGCCAGGAUGCCCGUGUCCACCUCCCUCCACCAGGACGGCAGCCAGGAACGGCCGGUGAGCCUGACCUCUACCACCUCCUCGUCGGGCUCCUCCCGUGACAGUCGCAGUGCCAUGGAGGAGCCCAGUGGCUCCGAGGCUCCCGCUGAGAAUGGGGCAGGCUCCCCAAGAGACCGGCAUCUCCCCAAUAGCAACAACAACUCCAGCAGCUGGUUGAACGUGAAGGGGCCCCUCUCCCCAUUCAACAGCCGGGCGGCGGCAGGGCCUGUGCACCACAAGCUCAGCUACCUGGGCCGAGUAGUGCGGGAGAUCGUGGAGACGGAGCGCAUGUACGUGCAGGACCUGCGCAGCAUCGUGGAGGACUACCUCUUGAAGAUCAUCGACACGCCCGGGCUGCUGAAGCCAGAACAGGUCAGCGCCCUCUUUGGGAACAUAGAAAACAUCUACGCACUGAACAGCCAGCUCCUCAGAGACCUGGACAGCUGCAAUAGUGACCCCGUGGCUGUGGCCAGCUGUUUUGUGGAAAGGAGCCAAGAGUUUGAUAUCUACACCCAGUAUUGCAACAAUUACCCCAACUCCGUGGCCGCCCUGACGGAAUGCAUGAGGGACAAGCAGCAGGCCAAGUUCUUUCGGGACCGGCAGGAGCUGCUGCAGCACUCACUGCCCCUGGGCUCCUACCUGCUGAAGCCGGUCCAGCGCAUCCUCAAGUACCACCUGCUGCUGCAGGAAAUUGCCAAGCAUUUUGAUGAAGAAGAGGAUGGCUUUGAGGUGGUGGAGGAUGCCAUUGACACCAUGACCUGUGUGGCCUGGUACAUCAAUGACAUGAAAAGGAGGCAUGAGCAUGCAGUCCGACUCCAGGAGAUUCAGUCACUCCUCAUCAACUGGAAGGGGCCCGACCUGACCACCUACGGGGAGCUUGUCCUGGAGGGCACGUUCCGCGUGCAUCGCGUGCGCAAUGAAAGGACCUUUUUCCUCUUUGACAAAACACUGCUUAUCACCAAGAAGCGGGGCGAUCACUUUGUCUACAAGGGCAACAUCCCGUGCUCCUCCCUGAUGCUGAUCGAAAGCACCAGAGACUCCCUGUGCUUCACUGUCACCCACUACAAGCACAGCAAGCAGCAGCACAGCAUCCAGGCCAAGACAGUGGAGGAGAAACGGAACUGGACUCACCACAUCAAGAGGCUCAUCCUAGAGAACCACCAUGCCACCAUUCCCCAGAAGGCCAAGGAAGCCAUCUUGGAAAUGGAUUCCUAUUAUCCCAAUCGGUACCGCUACAGCCCAGAGCGGCUGAAGAAGGCUUGGUCCUCCCAGGAUGAGGUGUCUACUCAUGUGCGCCAGGGGCGCCGGCAGUCUGAGCCAACCAAACACCUGCUCAGGCAACUCAACGAGAAAGCCCGAGCAGCAGGAAUGAAGCAUGCAGGCAGCGCUGGCACCCUCCUGGACUUUGGGCAGCCCUCUCGUACUCGGGGCCUGCAGCCAGAGGCUGAAGGGGCUGCCCAGGAGGAGGAAGAGGAAGAGGAGGAGGUGGUGGAGGAGGAGGAGGAGGAGGAAGAGCAGGCCUUUCAGGUCUCUCUGGAGGACCUGACAGGGCAUGAAGGCAACGAGAAAGGGGCUGGGCCGAAGCCCCCAGGCUCAGAGGAGGAGGAGGAGGAGCAGGAGGAGAGCCUGGCAGUGGCGGAGCAGGGAAAGGGGCGCAGGGAGUCUGAAGGCUCCAGGAGCAGCAGAAGGCCCAGUGGUCGGUCUCCAACCAGUGCUGAGAAGCGCAUGAGCUUCGAGUCCGUUUCUUCCCUGCCAGAGGUUGAGCCGGACCCUGAGGCUGGGAGUGAGCAAGAGGUAUUUGCUGCUGUGGAAGGGCCCAGUGCCGAGGAGAUGCCCUCAGACACAGAACCUCCAGAAGUCCCGGAGACACCGCUUGAUGCCCACCAGGGGCUUCUGGGGAUGGACCCCCCGGGUGACAUGGUGGGCUUCGUGGCGGCUGAGAGCACUGAGGACCUUAAGGCCCUGAGCAGUGAGGAGGAAGAAGAAAUGGGGGGUGCCGCCCAGGAGCCUGAAAGCCUUCUGCCACCCUCCGUGCUGGACCAGGCCAGUGUCAUUGCGGAGCGGUUUGUCAGCAGCUUCUCUCGGCGGAGCAGCGUGGCACAGGAGGACGGCAAGUCCAGUGGCUUUGGGAGCCCACGGCUGGUCAGCCGGAGCAGCAGCGUGCUCAGCCUGGAGGGCAGUGAGAAGGGCCUGGCGCGGCGUGGCAGUGCCACAGACUCCCUCAGCUGUCAGCUCUCCCCAGAAGUGGACAUCAGUGUGGGGGGGGCCACAGAGGACAGCCCUUCUGUCAAUGGGAUGGAGUCCCCAAGCCCAGGCUGCCCAGUGGAGCCCGACUGGUCUCCCUGCAAGAAGAAGGAAUCAGCGCUGUCCACCCGAGACCGGCUGUUGCUAGACAAGAUUAAGAGCUAUUAUGAAAAUGCAGAACACCACGAUGCGGGCUUCAGCGUCCGUCGCCGGGAGAGCCUCUCCUACAUCCCCAAAGGACUGGUAAGAAACUCCGUCUCCAGGUUCAACAGCCUUCCUCGGCCAGACCCAGAGCCAGUACCUCCAGUGGGGCGCAAGAGACAGGUGGGCUCCCGGCCGACUUCGUGGGCCCUGUUUGAGCUCCCAGGACCAAGCCAGGCAGGCAAAGGGGACCCACCUCCCCUCUCAGAUGCUGAGUUCCGCCCAUCCUCAGAAAUUGUGAAGAUCUGGGAGGGAAUGGAGUCUUCUGGGGGGAGCCCUGGGAAGGGGCCCGGCCAGGGCCAGGCCAAUGGCUUUGACCUGCAUGAGCCACUCUUUAUCCUGGAGGAGCAUGAGCUGGGAGCCAUCACGGAGGAGUCAGCCACUGCCUCCCCGGAAAGUUCCUCUCCCACUGAGGGGCGUAGCCCAGCCCACCUGGCCCGGGAGCUGAAAGAGCUGGUGAAGGAGCUGAGCAGCAGUACCCAGGGGGAGCUGGUGGUCCCACUGCACCCCCGCAUCGUGCAGCUCUCCCACGUAAUGGACAGCCACGUGAGCGAGCGUGUCAAGAACAAGGUCUACCAGCUGGCCCGCCAGUACAGCCUCCGAAUCAAGAGCAACAAGCCAGUGAUGGCCAGGCCACCACUGCAGUGGGAAAAGGCGGCCCCUGAGAGGAACGGGAAGAGCCCUGCUGUGCCCUGUCUACAGGAAGAGGCUGGAGAGCCAUUAGGUGGCAAAGGUAAGAGGAAGCCAGUGCUGUCUCUCUUCGACUACGAGCAGCUGAAGGCCCAGGAGCACAGCCCUCCCAAGCCCUCCUCGGCUAGGGAGACAUCGCCACAGCGUUUCUCCUUCAACUCGUCUGCUGUCAGCCAGAGGACCACCUCGCCUGGGGGCCGGCUCUCUGCCCGGAGCCCCCGCAGCCCCACGGAGACCUUCAGCUGGCCUGACGUCCGAGAGCUCUGCUCCAAGUACGCCUCCCGCGAUGAGGCACGCCGAGCAGCGGGUGGCAGGCCCCGUGGCCCACCCGUCAACAGGAGCCACUCGGUGCCGGAGAACAUGGUGGAGCCGCCUCUGUCGGGCAGGGUGGGCCGCUGCCGCAGCCUGAGCACCAAGAGGGGCCGGGGAGGCGGAGAGGCUGCCCGAUCCCCUGGGCCUCUGCCCCAGAGCAAGCAGGACGGAGGCGAGACCCUGUAUGUCACUGCAGACCUCACCCUCGAGGACAACCGGCGAGUGAUUGUCAUGGAGAAGGGACCCCUUCCCGGCCCCACCGCGGGGCUAGAGGAGAGCGGUGGUCAGGGACCAAGCUCGCCGGUGGCCCUGCUGGGGCAGGGCCAGGACUUCCAGCAGUCUGCAGAGUGUCGGCUGAAGGAAGAGGGUCCCAGGGACCCGGCAGACCCGAGCCAGCAGGGUAGAGUGAGAAACCUCAGAGAGAAGUUCCAGGCCUUGAACUCUGUUGGUUGAUGCUGACUCCUGGGGGAGGGAGGAGUCAUGACGGAGGUGGGGGAAGAAUCUGGGCAUCCUUCCCCUCAAGCCUAGGCUCAUGGAGCCCCUGCCCAGGGCCCUCCGGCGGGCGGAAAGUCCGUCCCCUCUGCCCUUCGGGAAGGAUGCCCCCGUGUGCAGGGAUCUUCUGCCUGUGCCAUCCACUGGGGCUCGAGACAACUUCCCACUCACCUGUGAGGCCGCUGUGACUGCUUCCCUUGUAAAUAGUUCUUUUCUGGUAAGAAGCCAAAUACUGAAGCUCACCUUUUCCCAGAGAGCAAGCUCUGCUCAGGCCUCCAGCGUUGGCUGGCCACGGCCACAGCCAGACCGAGGAGCCCACCCCCAGCGAGACUCAGGCAGUGGCCUGGAGAGGCUUUACUCUGUAACUGUGGCUUUUCUUAGGGUCCAGGCAGGAAUGAAGCCGAUAAUUUAUUGCUUUCCAUUCCAUGGUAUGAUGUGCGCGUGCGUGAGUGUGUGGCCUCUGUUUUUUCCCCUCCUGUCAAGAAUGAAGUGGAUGCAGUUCAGGUACUUUUGAGGGUUGUUGCGCUGACCCUGUGGUUGUUGCUGAUGUACACACAUUUCAUUAUUUGCCAAUGGUGCAAUAACCACUGCUGACCAACCC